AAACAUCCUGCUGAAGCCGUUGCCUUUCUUCUUCUUGUGUCCCAUUCUUCCUUGUGCUUCAGAGUGCAGAGUUUUAGUUUUUAGAAGAUAAAAAAUGUCUUUGGAGGUAGAAUCCGCAGACGUGAUCCGUCUGAUAAUGCAGUACUUGAAAGAAAACAAUCUGCACCGGACGCUGGCGACCCUGCAGGAGGAGACCACGGUGUCUCUGAACACAGUGGACAGUAUAGAGAGCUUUGUCGCAGACAUAAACAGUGGCCACUGGGACACUGUCCUGCAAGCCAUCCAGUCCCUCAAACUGCCAGAUAAGACCCUGAUAGAUCUCUACGAGCAGGUUGUGUUGGAGCUCAUUGAGUUGAGAGAGCUGGGUGCAGCCCGUUCACUGCUGAGGCAGACUGAUCCCAUGAUAAUGCUGAAGCAGACCCAGCCAGAGAGGUACAUCCACCUGGAGAACCUGCUGGCUCGCUCCUACUUUGAUCCUCGGGAGGCAUACCCAGAUGGAAGCAGUAAGGAGAAGCGGCGGGGGGCCAUCGCCUUGGCUCUGGCAGGGGAGGUCAGCGUGGUGCCGCCCUCUCGUCUCAUGGCCUUAUUGGCACAGUCGUUGAAGUGGCAGCAGCAUCAAGGUCUGCUGCCUCCUGGUAUGACCAUCGACUUGUUCAGGGGUAAAGCUGCCGUCAAGGAUGUGGAGGACGAACGCUUCCCCACUCAACUUAGCAGACACGUCAAGUUUGGACAGAAAUCUCACGUGGAGUGUGCACGUUUCUCUCCUGAUGGUCAGUACCUGGUUACCGGCUCUGUCGAUGGUUUCAUUGAGGUCUGGAACUUCACUACCGGCAAAAUCAGAAAGGAUCUGAAGUAUCAGGCGCAGGAUAACUUCAUGAUGAUGGAUGAUGCCGUGUUGUGUAUGUGCUUCAGUCGGGACACAGAGAUGUUGGCCACCGGCGCUCAGGAUGGAAAAAUCAAGGUAUGGAAGAUCCAGAGCGGCCAGUGUCUGCGGAGGUUUGAGCGUGCGCACAGUAAAGGUGUAACGUGUGUCAGUUUCUGUAAGGACAGCAGUCAGCUCCUAAGUGCCUCCUUCGACCAGACCAUCAGAAUCCACGGUCUGAAGUCGGGUAAAACGCUAAAGGAGUUCCGCGGCCACGCCUCAUUUGUUAACGAGGCCACCUUCACUCCAGAUGGACAUCACAUCAUCAGCGCCUCCUCUGAUGGCACAGUUAAGGUGUGGAACAUGAAGACCACUGAGUGCACGAACACAUUCAAGCCUCUGGGCACGUCUGCCGGCACCGACAUCACCGUCAACAACGUCAUCCUGCUGCCUAAGAACCCGGAGCAUUUUGUUGUGUGUAACCGCUCCAACACGGUGGUCAUCAUGAAUAUGCAGGGGCAGAUUGUGAGGAGCUUCAGCUCCGGUAAAAGGGAAGGAGGAGACUUUGUGUGCUGCACGCUGUCUCCCCGCGGCGAGUGGAUCUACUGCGUGGGUGAAGACUUUGUGCUCUACUGCUUCAGCACCGUCACCGGCAAGCUGGAGAGAACGCUGACGGUCCACGAGAAGGAUGUGAUCGGCAUCGCCCACCAUCCACACCAGAACCUGAUCGGCACCUACAGCGAGGACGGCCUGCUGAAGCUCUGGAAGCCGUGAAGCGUGCCGUUCUCGCCCUGCAGCUCCUCUCCUCUCUCUGAACUCUGCUCUCCGGGUUUUUUGUUCUUUUUGGAGCUCAUGGAGCAGCGACCGCUUCAGGUCGGUCUGGACUGAAGGUGCUGAGGAGAGACUUGUGUGUUUGUGAUUCUGCGGGUGACGAAUCACAACUCGUUUGCGUGCAGAUGAGUGUCGGUGAGAGUUUGGAGAGUUCGUAUCGUGGAAUCUUUCUCAGUCAUUCCAUGGAAAGAUUUGCACGAUUUUUGUAAUCUGGCUCAAUGAUUCCUUUUAUGUUUUUCACUUAACAGUGAGUCUUGUUACAAAUGACAAAAAAUCUCAUUGUAGAAACAAAUUAUCUUAUUGCAAUGUUGAAUUAUGUCAGUUUAAGUGUAAAUUAGUUGCAUAAAACUCCUGCAUUUACAGUUGCUCCAAUAAAUACACUUAUACUUGUCAACAUCA